CUUUUCUCAAAAUACAUGACCCUAAACGAGAAAGUAUAGGACAAGAGCGUUAUCCAAGCUCCCAAAUAGUUGGGGUAUGCAAAACUAUUCAAGUGAACUAACAACCAUUCUUUAAUUUUCACAUAAAAAUGGCGGACACUUUGUUAGGACCCUCCCCUUCAUUCUCUCUCCUUUGCAAUCCUUUACCUUUCCUACCUUCUUCCUUCCACUUCAAAUCCACCAUUUCUAGCAAUCCCAUUAGAUUCAAAUGCACUUUCUCUUGUAAUUCUCAAUCUUCUCCAUUAAUGGCUUCCUCCUCAACCUCUCCUUCUCCUUCCCAAUCUUCUACCACUUCUCAACCUUCUCUACUUGUUUUUUCUGGGGGCACUGCCUUUAAUGGGGUAGUGGAGGAGCUGAAAAAGCUGACAACUUGUGUUGUACACGUUCUUCCUGUUUCUGAUGAUGGAGGAAGUACAGCUGAGAUUGUCCGUGUGCUUGGUGGUCCAGCCGUUGGAGACAUAAGAUCAAGAUGUUUGAGGCUCUCUGAUGAAAGUACUGCAGAGGCUCUUGCUGUUAGACAAUUAUUAGGUCACCGUUUACCUCUACAUGCUAAAGAUGCAAAAUCAGAAUGGUAUGACAUUGUUGAAGGGGAGCAUUCACUAUGGGAGGAAGUAUCGGUACCAUAUAGGGAAACAAUUCGAGCCUUUCUAAUUUACUUUCAGCAACAGAUUCUCAUGAGAUCUGAAGCGAAAUUCUGUUUCAGCAAUGGGAGCAUUGGAAAUUUUUUCUUCGCUGGAGCCCGGAUAUUCUUCCAGUCGCUAGAGUCAGCGAUAUUUUUGUUUUCCCGUGUUUCAGAGAUUCCUAAAGAAAGUCUUGUUCUCCCUGUCAUAUCCACCAAUGACAGAUUGACACUGGGCUGUGAGCUGUGGGAUGGAAGAACGAUUCGUGGUCAAAAUGAAAUAUCUCAUCCAACCAAUGGACUAAUGGAUCCUGUAAAUAAGAAUUACUGCUCUGCUCAAGCACUUCCAUCAAAAAUAAAGCGGGUAUUCUACAUGUCAAGUGAGGGGCAAAAUUUGUUGCAUGAGGUCUUCCCUCCACCAAAUCCAGCUGUCCUCGCUCAGUUACGCAGUGUUAAUUGCAUCGUUUAUGCCAUGGGAUCCCUUUUUACAUCAAUCUGCCCUUCAUUGGUUUUAAAUGGGAUAGGAGAAAUCAUUUCCUCAAGGGCUUGUCCUAAGAUACUUUUUUUAAAUGGGACACAUGACCGAGAAACAAGUGGAUUCUCAGCUUCAUGCUUUGUGACUGCAAUCACUGAUGCUCUUAAUAGAACUCAUGGAAAUUCCAAAUAUAGUCUUGAUAAUCUUCCAAGUGCAUAUGUAAAUACAAUUUUGGUGCCCAGAAAUGGUAAAAUUCCAGUGGAUUUAAAUGCCUUGAAGGACCAAGGAAUAUUAAAUGUGGUCACCGUUGAUUCAUUGGAGGAUCCAAAAGUUGGUAUAACCUUUGACCCCAACUCAUUAAUUCAAACAUUGGCUGAUGUACUUAGGCCCUAGAUCAAAUGUUAUAAGAAGUAACAUUUAACCCCGUUAGUUGGAGGGCUUACUGAGGUUGCAAUGGCAUUGUUUGAGCUACAAGUUGCUAUAUUUUGGCAUUCAGAGGCGGGGACUUUAUUUUUUGGUAUGCAUUUAAGUGAGAAGCUUUUAGAGAAGAAUACAUUUUUUUUUUCCAGGCCUCCCAGCUAUUAAAUCGUACGGAUAACAGCUAAUCAGGGACCAUCUGAGCAACUGGCAAGCUAGAUCGCAACUUCGCAAGCAGUGAGCCAGUAAAUCUGCAACGCCAUAUAGGCUAUCCCAUGGAAAAGUGCAACUUUAUAAAGUACCAUUUGUUGUAAUUAGGAUGUUCAUUCUUGUAUGUAAUGAUCAUCUCCCUUUACCUUUGAAUUCUUGAUGCAAGCUAUUUGUUUGCUUGAUAAUUUUUACAGAGUACUUGGUAUAUUUAUUUGCAUAAUAAGUGCUCAAUUCAGUGAUAGGUGAUUGUCCUUUGCUUGUUACUCGAAUUAGUUGAUUUAGUAUGAUGGUGCCAACUGCCAAGGGCCCAAGACUAGAAAGAAUGUUGGAGUUUGAGCAUUGUAAUAAAACAUUGUUUAUAUAUUUGCAUUCGAUGUCGAGAAAAUCCUAGAAUAUAACUCAAAUUUAUGUAGUUGUACUUUACGUAUUCAAUGACAAACUUGUAAAUAAUUACAA